GUUAACGAUGUAGUUCACCUUUGUAAUGUUCGGAAUUACACUUCGUUAACAAAUGGCAUGUCGGCGGUAACCAUGCAUGAGGGAGGAUCGAGGUUUGGACGCGAUUUGGAAGUUCUUGACGACAGCGAUCCGAAACACUUUGAAAUCUCAAAACAAUGCGCUGAUACCCUGUCGCGCAUUCUAGGCGCAUCUACAGUACCGCAGAGUUCCAGUUCGGCCGUAAAUAUGACACCUAUCCUAUCUGAAAAUGUGCUGGCACAGUCUACUCCCGUAUUUUCUAAAAAUGAUGCGACGCUUGGAGUUGUCCGCGAAUGUGGAAGCAGACUAGAAGAAUUGCAAGCUGCCAACGAUUCGAGCAACUAUCGGGAUGAGCCAAGAAGCUCGCACGAUCCUGAUGAGGUGCUAGCGCCUGACACUCCUUUAGAAGAUAUGCCACAUAGCGCCAACGAAAAUGUAACGGUGGGUAUGGCUACGUUUCUUGUUUACUAUAUGGUAGAAUUUAUUCUCUUGCAAUUAAAAUAA